CUAGUGUCGCUCGUCGGCCGCCGCGCGGCGCGCCGGCUGGAGGUCGUCGGUCGCGAUUCAGUCAGAAUCGCCAGUGACUCCGUGUGGAGGGGUGUCGAGCGGGCGGUGUGCGUCGUCAUGGAAACGUGCUGAGCCGCGAGCGUCGCACGCGCGUGCCGUGAAUGAUCGAUUUGGACGCGUAGGUAUCGGACGGAAAAUCGCAGCAGACGCCGGACUGGAGACAAACGGUCUCCAUUCGUGAUUUAUCCGAAUGUCCUGACAAAUUUCUGCACUGCCACGUCUUUGAACGUCACGUCUCAUCUCUGAACUAGACGUCUUUCCGCAUCUCUGAAGCGAAGCCUCUGAAAGACUUCCUGAUCGCCAAGUCUGAUGUGACGUCUGCUCAUACGUCCGCACCGCUCAUGUGACGUCUUUGGAGCUACCACACUGAAUCUCGGCGGUCUGCUUUCACCGUCAACCUCUUCUAACGACGCACGCACAGGCCGGUCAGUCAUCGUUGUCUCCACUGGCAGAGACAGCGGGAGCACCGGGCCACUCCACUCCACACUCUACACUCCAUUCCACUCCACUCCACUCCACUCUACUGAACUCUACCUCUGCCGCCGCUGCACUGCCGCCGCCUCUGCCUCUGACGUCAUACCAAUAUGGCGGCGCCCAGUCGACUGAGGAUACCCCUACUGCUAUUGUGUUGUGCAGCUCUGGUCGCCACACAAUCACAGACACCCUGGCCGCCGCCCUCGAUCCCAGCCGUCGACCCGACCACAGCAUCGACCACCAUCUCUCGCCGGUUCCUCUCUGACGAGCAGCACCGGCUCCUGACCAGUCCCAGUUUCGGCCAGCGUCUCACCACCCGUCCCCGACAGGCGGCCCGACCGGCCACGCGCCGCGACUGGACACCCAUCUGGCCCGGCGGACAGGGCGCGGAUGGUUCCUCUGGUUCCGCUGGUGGCAGCGGGUCGCCGGCAGUGGUUACAGCGCGUCCGUCCCGCCCCAGCCGGAGACCAGACGCGCCGCCGAGUCUAGCGCCGAGCAGGCCGCCGGUCACUGAGUAUUACUUUGCCAGUUCGGCUGUGUCGGCGUCCUCUGCGCCUGGUGAAGGCAGUGACGGAGGGCCUUCCUUUCCGCCAGCUCAACUGCCGACGGCGACGUUUGCGGCUCCGGCGGCGACCCCGACGCGGGCGCUGCCGUCGACGGCGUCUCGACGACCAUCGGUGACUCGACUGGGUCUGGCGGAUCGACUGUCAGCGUUGGUUACCAGCCGACCGGCACGGACGACUAUCAUCUCUCCUACUCGCGCGGCGCCGGCCCCACCGAGCUCUGCUCUGCUGCGACCCACACCGUCAAGAGAGGAAGACAUCGACAAUGGACUGGGCCUCGAGCCCUCCACAUUACCUCCAUGGAGCCCGGAACGCACCAGCGCUACUGUUGAGCCCACCGCGGCUCCGGCUGCCCCCGCUGCGGCCCCGGCCGCGGCUGAAGGCCCCAGCAGCAGUGACGGAGAGGUCUCCCCAACUCCUGUCUCUCCCCCUUGUGUGGUGACACCGCAGCACCCGGGCGGUUACUGCCGAGACGGAGACAUCCUGACGGUCUUCACUCGGGAUCCGGCUGGUAACUGGGCGGCUUACCGCACCGUACAGCUUCCUUCAUCGACAGUACGAGCGUUAGAUGGAGAUGCGGAGGGCGAUGAGACCACGCCAGACCCUGGUCCCUCAGACCAGACCACAGACCAGACCACGGACCGGACCAGGACCACGCCUGCUGAUGAGGGGGUAGCGACAGUCACCAGCCCACCUCUGGCGCCAGAGCCUACUGAGGCUUCCAUAUCUCCGAUUCCCGAACCGGCCGGAGAGAGGGAGGGAGUAGGCAGCGGCGCUAGGGAUCACCUGCCCUCUGCCGGGCCAACGAGACCGUCAGUCGGGCCGACUCUACCCUCGGCGGCCGGUCCUACCCUCCCUUCUGAUGUGGCCGCAGCGGAAUUGGAUCAGAUCACUGGUGACGAGGGUUCGGAAUUCUUCCCGACAGCUACCUCGGUGGAGCCGGGACCCCAGCCGCCCACCGUGGGACCCCGGGCGGGGGCGGGGGCGGAUGGCGGCGUCAGCCCACCGCCCACCGCCUCCGAGGCUGAGAAAUCGGGCGUGUCGGAGCCAGAGGCGGCUCCUGAGGAGGGAAAGGUGACAGCUCCGCCGACCCUGCCGGGCUGGACCACGAGACAGACGACUCGUUGGAGGACAUCGCCUACCUCCCGGCCACCGACGGCACCCACAGAGCCUCCGAGUACACAGACUACCCGUGGGACUACACGGGAGACUACACAGGAGACUACGCGGGAGGGCUCUCGUCAGACAACGGCACAGACUCCCUGGGAGGAUUCGGAGCUGACGACUGAGGAGGGUAACUUCCCCACCACGCUAGAAACCUUCCCAACGACGCUGGAGACCUUCCCGACCACGCCAGAAGCGUUCACCACUGCCCCGACUCGAGGUCAGACUACUUUCGGGGGACCGUCUCCAACCACCCCUCCACCUACCUGGCCCCCUUCCUCCGCCCCCAGCGAGGAAUCAACCCCUCAGUCUGCCCCUCCGACCCUCCCUGAGGAGGACUGGGCCUCGGCGACGUCUGCUGCCCCGCCGGAGACCACGUGGAGCACGCUUCCACCGGGCGCCCACCCUGAGACGACCCAGCACACCUCGGAGAAAAGCGCUGAGCUGGGGAAAGUGUCCGUCAGUCACGCCGCGCCGACACGAGCGUCGAACGGCACAUGGCCGGGCAGAGGGACCACCGACGACGGUUUCAGCACGGGCACCUACCACUACACCACUGGGGCCGCCUUCGACUACCCGACCGGACCGACGGGCUUCACCAGCCACGGCGGAGUGACCGGUCGGCCGGGGUCGCACUUUGCCAGCGGCUCCACACGUCAGCCGACCACCACUGGACAGUUUACCCGUCCUCCGCCCACCGCCCCGUCCGGGCCGGGAGAUUAUGAUUACACGACCGGACCCAGUGGCGACUCGGGGAGUGGAUUCUACGGAGAGGGAUUCCCGUAUAGUACUGGAAAUUAUACGACCAUUGGGCAUGGUAGGCUGACGCCUCCGCCCCCGCCGGCUGGGGUGCCUACGUAUACCGCGGCGGGACGGCCGGUGGGCACAGGUGUCACCAGCACCAGCUGGCCGAGCACCAGCCGUGGCACCACCCCGGAGAGCACCACUGUGGGCGACACGACUAUUGGUGAUACUACUACCGGUACUACUGUCGGGACCACUACAGGAACCACAGGUACUACUACAGACACCACGGUCGGCACCACGCCUGGCACCAGUCGCGGCACCACGCCCAGCACCAGUACGUCACCAGGGAUCACUCACAGCUCGGUGGUGCCGCCCGUGGAGCUGUACGUCCAGUUUCUGAUCGGUACUACGUGGCCGCGCUUCUGCCGCGUCCGACAGGCGUUCAAGCAGCGAGUGGUGGAUCUGGUCAACGGAGAGACGCACAGGAAUCUCACAGCCGACAGCGCCGUGCUAUUCAACAUCCCCGUAUGCGGGCGUCCAGUGCGGGCCCGCCGGGAGACGGACCCCUCAUCCACCGCUAUCCUCGUCUUCCUCUACCUCACCGACUCUGACGGCCAGUACGACCGGGCUCUGACGGAGCGCGUGGAGCCUCUGUGGGAGUCUGCUGCGGCUGGGGGAGGCGGGGGAAGCAGCUGGGACGGCAUGGCUCGCCUGGUGCGAGAGGUGGACACAGUGCAGCCGGAGCAGCUGGUUCAGACGCAGGAGCACUCGGAGAGGGCUGGUGUUAUAGCGGCGAUCACUGUGGGAUGUGUGGCCGUGGCCAGUCUGGUGCUGCUGGCAGUACUGCUGGUGGUGGUGCGCCACCGUCGCCGCGCGGCACAGACGGCCCAGCGCUGUAACCCCGUCAACAUGGAGGAAUACGGAGUCGAGUCCGUCUUCAGCUCCAUGAGACGCAAGAACAAGAUGCGCCGAUCGGUGCGAUCCUACCUAAACCAGGCGUUUGACGAUCAUGAUGCGCCAUCAAACGCGGUCAACUUCGCCGGCCUGGCGAACCUGUCUGGAGAUCUGGCGGCUCUCAAAGAGGAGUUUGACUCGAUCCCUACCGGUGCCAUGCCGACUCUGGACGACCUCCCGCCGGGAAGUGAGGACCGUAACCGGUACGCUAACGUGUUACCGGUACCCGAGACCAGGGUGGUACUGGAUCAGAAGACCGGAGCGCCCAACAGCGACUACAUCAACGCCAACUAUGUCCGCGGCCCGAAGGACGAGCCGCAGUUUUACAUAGCCACCCAGGGCCCGCUGGAGUCUACUGUGAACGACUUUUGGCGAAUGAUCUGGGAGACCCAGUCCAAGGUGGUCAUCUGUCUCACCGAUAUUGUCGAACGAGGAGUGCGUCGCUGCGCCGAGUACCUGCCGCCGUCGGAGGCCCUGGACCGGCACCGUCUGUACGGAGACUUCCAGGUCACGCUGAUGGCCAAAACAAAAAAGGACAAGUUUGUCGUGUCCACCAUUCAGCUCAAGAACAUGGACAGUAACCUGUUCCGCGAGGUGACGCACCUGUGGUACUCUGGCUGGCCCGAGCGUGGCGUGCCGUCCGAUCUCGACUCCAUGGUUGAGUUCCUACAGGAGGCCCGGCGGGCCAUGAAGACCAACAUCGGACCCACGGUGGUUCACUGCAGCCCCGGCACGGGCCGGACGGGCGUGCUGCUCGCCUGCGACAUCUGUAUGCGACAGUUUGACGCCACGAGGACAACAGACAUCAUGCGGACCGUGUUCAGGAUCCGACAUGACCGGGCCGGGGCCGUGCAGACACGAGAGCAGUACGCACUCAUCUAUAAGGUGCUGAACCAGUACGCUGCCAGCGUCACCAGCGGCAACCUUCCGGCCCUGGAGUGAACCAGUGACGUCACAAUAGUUGGACUUAUGACGUCAUAAAGCGUGGAUUCAGUUGUUACCGCUGAUGGAUGCAGUUGUUCCCAUCACACGGGUGUUUGACGCGUCACAAAUGUUUGUGUCGCAAAAACUGACGUAUGUUACGUCAUACACCGUAAUAUGUACGACGUCACAAUGUUGCGUCACAAUGGUAUCGUUUGUGGACGUAUGAAUGGCGUCACCUAUGGCUUUUGUUGUUACGUCAUGGUUGUGUGACGUCACUCGUCGUUCUCCGGUUGUGAGGCGGUCGUGGGUGUUGGGCGGGGCGUCUGUGGUGAGGCCACGCCCCUUCUCUGACGUCAUGGUGAUAGCAACGGGACCAAGAUGGCGCUCCGGGGUGUGCUUGACGCCAUUUUUGUGCGAAACAGCUCAUGAACUAAGUCUGUGGUAGUUGACUCGGCCGCGGGACGGAGCUGCCUCGUGAUUGGCUGAUAGCAGCCCAACUUGGAGGCUACGACCAAUCGGGGGCGAGAGUCACUCUCGUCGACCAAUCGUAGUCUGGCGGUGUUGGCCAGGGGUCCGUGUAGCACGAUAAUCGGGUUUCGAUCUGUUUUACCUGUGUGUAUACCAUAGGACCACAACUACUUAACGUGUAAAACCACCCAGGAUUUACCGAGUAACAACAUUUAACGCGAGACUAUGGCGUUUUUCGACGUCAGUGUCGUAUCCGCGUACCCUAAUGUUUUUACUUGGGAGCUUCUGUGCUCGCAUUAUCAACUUGCUGCGUUGGUGUAAUAACGCGCGCAGGAGAGAUGAAACCUGAGUGCUUGCCGUGAAUGGUUGAAACGUAUGCGGGAUUGCGGUUGCUUUUAAAAUUAGUUCCAUUUGUAGCGUUGUGCGCCGGGUCAUGUAUGCAUGUGGAGCGUGUUUGUUCGUUAUUGCACCAAACGCGAGUGUGCGCCUGGUUGUGCAUUAUUACACCGAGUGCGAGUGUUUGGCGUGAGUUACUCACCGUUUGGUGAGUGAGUAGCGGUGAGUUAGUGUGAGAGUGGAGUCGGCCCUCGGUUCGAUACCCCGGAUUACCGCUGUGAUACUGAGCAUGAUAAGAGGGAGGAACUAAUACAUUUCUACACUGUAA